UUAUUUUUCAGACUCCGUCGUCUAUCUCCCUUUCUCCCUCUCUCUAAAACCUCGUUUUUUUUCCUUCUAGUUUUCUUAAUUUUCUCACAGUUUCUUCAAACCCUCCAAAAUACUCUCAUAAACCCUCGAUUGUAACUCUAUUACGAUCCUGUCCUUCACCGGUUUCCCUUCUUCUCUACGACUUGAUUUUUCUUCUUCCCGAAAUACCCCUCCAUCGCCUAUUUAAUUACCUUCACUCUCAUUUCCACGUUAGUUCGGGUUCAAUUUGGAAUCGGAUGAUAGCUCCUUAGACAUUGCCCGUUCUGUUAUUCUAGAAUAUUCUGUUUUCCUUCUAAUUGCUUCUCAUCUUGUUUGACUGUUGCAUUUGGUUAGAGUUUGGAACUCUGCAAGCUGUAAAAGUAUUUGGGUUUAUUAUUUAUUCAGAAGGAUCCAAUGGAGCUGAAAGUUUCAUCUCCUAAGCUUGGUGGUCUUUCUCCUCCUGGUUGUGUUAGCGAUCCUGAGGAAAAGGAAGUCAGUGAUGAGGAUGAUGAUGAUCGCAACCAUAAGCACCGUAGGCGAGAGACACGUUCUCAAUCAUUAGAGACAGAUUCUAUGGAUCCGGCUUUUACAAAGUCAUACAGAAAACGCAAUAAAUUUUUUGAAAAUGGGCAACCUUUCAGAGAAAAUGAAUCUCAAGCAGGUGAAACCUGGAAAAGUAAUAACAGUUUGCCUCUAGACAAAGACUUGACAUCGAAGUUUGAUAGAAGACGCCCAGGAUUAGCUUCACUACCCCGAGGACAUGUGGAUGUGAACCAGAGAGUUAGGUCAAACCAACCAUUUAGUGGAGAUUCUGGUCCUGGUAGGGGUAGAGGAAGGGAUAACUCUUCUUGGAAUCAACGUGAUUCUAGGUUCAAUUCAAUUGAUAUUGCUUCUCAAAUGGUUCAUCCUGGAUCUGUUGCUCCAAGUCUCUUUGCAGGAAGGGGAUUGCCUAAUGUUUCAAAUGCGCAAAGUCCAUCAUGGGGUGCCUUUGGGAUGAUGCCUGGAAUACCAAAUGGUGGCCUAGAUACACUCCAUCCUAUUGGUUUACCAGGGGUGCUGAGGCCACCUAUGAAUUCUUCAUUGAAUAUGGGCAUUCCUCGCCAACGUUGCAGAGACUUUGAGGAGCGUGGAUUUUGUCUAAGAGGAGACAUGUGCCCAAUGGAGCAUGGUGUCAAUCGUAUUGUUAUUGAAGAUGUUCAGAGUCUGUCACAGUUUAACCUUCCUGUUACAGUUCCAAGUGCACAACUAUUGGCAACCCCUGCUGCACCUAGACCUCUACCUUCAAGUGUUCCUCCAACCACUUUGAUGAGCAGCAAGGGUAUACAUAGCAAAAGUAGCAAGUCUGGAAUGACUGAUGAUGCCUUGGGUUUGAAUGGUGCAUACACUGGCUCUACUAGUGCAAGUGUUGCUGAUCUAUAUGAUCCUGAUCAACCCUUAUGGAAUAACAAUGGCCCAGAAGCAUCGACUGCAGUCUCAGGACUACAUUCACCCAAGAUUGAUGAAGCAGAACCCUUUCUAAGUGGUGAUAUCUCUGAUCGCCAUCAUGGAAGGUUACAUGAAAACGCUGAUAAUGAGUUGGCAAGUAGAAGCAUUGGGUCACAGGGCACAAGUUUGUCUGUUUGGGGUAGAAUUGGUAGCCCAGGAAGUAGAACAGACACAAAAGAGAAAAUUGAUCUCGCACAGUCGGCCUAUCCUGAGAAUGAAACCAAAGAAGACCAAGAAGCGUUUCCCAGCUCUCAAGGCACUUCCUGUCAGGUAAAGCGGAUCAGCACUGAGGAUGAUGGCUCCAAAUUUAUGGAUACAUCAUUCAAAUCACAGACUGAUAGUAUGCAUAAUAGCCGAAAACCAACUCAGAAGGCACUUCGUACACUGUUUGUCAAUGGGAUUCCCCUGAAAAGUAACAAAAGAGAGGCUCUUCUUUCUCAUUUUCGUAAGUUUGGAGAGGUUAUUGACAUUUAUAUUCCGAAAAAUAGUGAACGGGCCUUUGUCCAGUUUUCAAGGAGGGAAGAGGCUGAAGCUGCUCUGAAGGCUCCUGAUGCUGUUAUGGGUAAUCGCUUUAUUAAGCUCUGGUGGGCUAAUCGGGAUAGUGUACCUGAUGAUGGCAUAAACAGUGGAAGCAGUGUAACAUUAACUUCACGCGGUCCAACGGUUUUUGUUAUUCCAGCACAGGCUGUUGUUAAUAGAGGAGGGAAGGAUAACCUUCAACCUAUUGCUCAGAAGAGCAAUGCUGUCCAUGGUGCUGCUGUACCUUCUGUGAAUUCCCCUAAGCCAUCUGGUGUUAAUGGUCCCAAGGUUCAACUUCCAUUGCAGAAAAAGUUAGAAACUCUAGAGCAGAUGAAAGAGGAACUACGCAAGAAGCAGGAAAUGCUGGAGCAGAAGCGGAAUGACUUCAGGCGCCAGUUGGACAAACUUCAAAAACAAUCUUCUGGUGUCAAAGGUGAUCUACCAACUGAGCAAGCUGCUAAGAAGCAAAAGGUGGGAAUUGCAGCUGAUCCUGCAAAAGCUUCAACUCCAAGUUUGUCUGAACCUGGUGCACCUACAACAAUACCAUGCACUGUAGGGAUGACAGAUAAAAACAAAUCAACAGAGAAUGUUGGGUCUCAUGGUCCAACAUCAAAUGCCACUAUGUCAUUGCAGGAGUCUAAGAGCUCAAAGCAGCAAUCUUGUCCAUCAGCACCUACUGGGUAUCCAUUCUUGAUGAAUAAAUACAAAUUAGACAACCGGCCUACUGCUUUUAGAGUUAUUCCACCUUUGCCUUCUGGUUUUGCAGAUGUUGAUGUUCUGAAGGAGCACUUCUUACAAUAUGGUGAUCUUUCUGCCGUGGAGAUAGAAGAUGUGGAAAAUGAUAAUGAUAUGGGAUCAGAAGCAAUGAAUAAUUGCUCCAUUGUUAUAACUUAUGGCACACGCUGGUCAGCUGAAAGGGCAUACGUAAAUGGUAAAUGCUGGCAGGGCAAUAAUUUGCAAUUUACAUGGUUGACAUCUAGCAAUUCUAGCAAUGACCCUAGUAGCAAAGAAACUUCAUCUUCUACACCGAAGGGGACUUUAGAAGCUGAUGUCCAGACAGAAGGAGAAUUAGAAUUCAGUGUCUCCCCGGAAGUCAUUGCUUCAGGUGAUAAGGAAUCUAAGAAUUCAGAAGGCGAGAGUUUUGUGGAGAAUAUGGCAUUGCCUGAAGUUUCCGAGCAUAGCUCAUCCCCAUCGUCUUGCAUGAAAGAGUCACCUAAAGGCGACGCAUGUUAAGGACUGGAGCUGUUUUCGGAUCUGUACAGUGAGGUUAAGUCAUAUUCAGGUGGGGCUGGUGAUCCAACCUUAGAUAUCUGUUAUAGUCGUCACCUAUCCACGAAAUGUGUGUGGAUGGUAAAUAAAAUAGCAAUUCCAGGGGCUAAAAAUAUACAUGAAAAAGAAAACAUAAAACAGAGAAAUAGUAGAGCAGAGAGGAGCGAACGUGCGGGUGCUGGAACCCUUAACAACGCUAUCGCACCCACCAACCCGAAGCCGACGGGGAAUUGUCGAAUGAGAAUCCCAAUGGCCUUUGGUAGGGACUGGACUGGUCGACUUGGAAAAGGUUAAACAAAACGAAGGGGGGGGGGGGUUAUACAUGUGCAAUGACCUAACCUUUCACGUGUGAAUAAUUUGUUGGUUCUAUCCUCAAACUUUAAAAGACGCGCGCACACACACACACACGAGUAUAGCCUCUUAUAUAUGUAUUAUAUUUACCAUUCAUGAAAACUUUUAUUUGAAUGCAAAUUCAUGAGAA